GUAUAAAGACACAGAAGGUCUAAAGUCUCUGAGACACACUAAAAAACUAAAAGCUGUCGUUUGUCUUCACCUUCCAUCUUUAUCAUUAUCUUCUGCUGGAGUACUGUAUUGUUUCCUGUUUAUUUUGCUUUGGACUUGUACUGUAGUUGGUGAAGUGCCAGCAGUGUACCGCUGAAAAUGCAUCGGCUGGGGUUGUUGUUGCUGUGUUGUGCAGCAGUAUGUGUGUCUGGGAUUAGGAGAGAGUACUUCAUCAGGAUAGAAGAAGUGCCUUGGAACUAUGCCCCAAGUGGGAUGAAUAUCAUACAGAACCGCACACUGCAGGAGGAUGAAGAGGCCUCAGUCUUCCUGAAGAAAGGCCCCCAGCGAAUCGGCUCCACCUACAGGAAAGCUGUUUAUAAGCAGUACAGUGACGCCACCUACAGGACAGAAGUGAUGAAGCCGGACUGGCUGGGCUACCUGGGACCCCUGCUGACGGCUGAAGAGGGAGACACAAUGAUCAUCCACCUGAGGAACAUUGCAUCCAGACCAUACAGCAUCCACGCACAUGGACUAAACUACAGUAAAGGCAAUGAGGGAGCCCUGUACCCAGACGGUACUCCUCCAGAGCAGAAGCGGGACGACUCCGUGCUUCCCAGCACAACAGUGACAUAUGAGUGGACCCUCGCAGAAUCACACAGCCCAAAAUCAGAUGACAGCGACUGCAUGACUAGAUUCUACCACUCCCAUGUGGCCACCGUAAAAGACAUUAACUCAGGACUGAUUGGACCCCUCAUCGUCUGUAAACCAGGAACUGUGGAGGUGCACAGAGACCGGUCUGCAAAUCUGUACGCUCUGUCCUUCAUGGUGUCAGAUGAAAACAUGAGCUGGUACCUGGAUCAGAACAUCAGGACAUAUAUCACUAAUCCUGCCAGCAACCUGAAAGAAGAUGAAGACUUCAUUGAGAGCAACAAGAUGCAUGGUAUAAACGGGUAUCUGUACGGAAAUCUGCCUGGACUGAGCAUGUGCCAAGGCAAUAAGAUCCACUGGCAUUUAUUUGCCUUAGGCAAUGAGGUGGACAUGCACUCAGUUCAUUUCCACGGUCAGAUCCUGACUACUCAGAACCACCACACAGACACAAUCAGUCUUUUCCCUGCCAGCAGCACUCUGGCUGAAAUGGUAGCUGACAACCCUGGACACUGGCUGCUGACAUGCACCGUUAACGACCAUCUGAUGGCUGGGAUGCAGGCUACAUUUGAGAUCAAGAAAUGUUUCCCCAACGUCCAUAAGCCCCGUCCACAUGGUGAGCUCAGACAGUUCUUCAUUGCUGCAGAAGAAGAAGUAUGGGACUACGCUCCUACGCCACCAACUGACCCUGAGGCAGACAUGUUUGUAACCAAAGGCCAAAGUCGUAUUGGAAGCCGCUACAAGAAGGUUCGCUAUGUGGAAUACACUGACAACACCUUCAUGACAAAGAUGCUACGCAGCCCAGAGGAGCAACACCUUGGGAUUCUGGGUCCUGUGCUGCGUGCUGAAGAGAAGGACACAAUUAAUGUGGUGUUUAAGAACAAAGCCAGCCGGCCUUACAGUAUACAGCCACAUGGUGUACAGUACAGUAUAGAGCAGGAUGGGACGGUCUAUCACAAUGAACUGGAAGAGUCCCACACAGAGAAGAAGCUGCGGGAGCUCAAAAAGCAACCGAGGGUGGUCACCACUCCUCCAGCUGCCCUGGUCAAACCUGGGACAGUGUACACCUAUGAGUGGUCAGUGCCUGUGGGAGCUGGGCCAGUACAGGGGGAGGCUGACUGUCUGACCCAUCUCUACUACUCUGGAGUGGACCCUGUCAAAGACACCAACUCUGGACUGGUUGGACCCCUCCUUGUCUGUCGACCUGGAUCUCUGAAGAAAGGAGCACAGAGAAACUAUAAUAAAGAGUACCACCUACUGGCUACAGUGUUUGAUGAAAACUUGAGCUGGUAUCUGGAUGACAACAUUAGGACCUACGCUACAGCUCCCAACACGGUUAAGAAGGAGGACGAGGGCUUUAUGGAGAGCAACCAGAUGCACUCCAUCAAUGGGUUUGUGUAUAGGAACCUCCCAGGCUUGACCAUGUGUAAGGCAGAUAAAGUAACGUGGCACCUGUCAGGACUGGGUACAGAGACAGACAUCAACAGCCUCUAUUUCCAGGGAAACCGCUUCCUCUUCCGCCAGAACAGACGAGACAGCAUCAGUGUUUUCCCUCACAUCUCACACACAGUUACUAUGGAACCAGACAGCAUGGGUCAGUUUGAAGUGGUGUCUGCUACAUUGAACCAUUAUCGUGCCGGGAUGCGAGCAAACUACACGGUACAGAAGUGCAGUGUAUUUCAGCGUCAGGGCGAGACGAUGCUCCACUCCAAAACAUACUACAUCGCUGCCAUGGAGAUGGACUGGGACUACUCUCCAAACCGUACCUGGGAGGCCGAGAUGUUUCGCGGCAUGCAAAAUCCUGCUCCUGUCUUCCUAGACCAGCAGGGUGGGUUUAUAGGCUCCCGUUACAAGAAGGUGGUCUACCGCCAGUUCACUAACGACAAGUUCACUAAGCAGAAGGAGAGAUCACCCGAUAUGGAACAUCUCGGCAUUAUGGGUCCAAUGAUCCACGCUGAUGUCGGGGACAAGGUGAAGGUUGUUUUUAAGAACAUGGCGACCAGACCUUAUUCUAUCCAUGCUCACGGAGUAAAGACAGAAACCCCUGAUGUCUACCACACUAAACCAGGUGAGACUCACACCUACUACUGGUACGUUACGAAAAAUACAGGACCAACCACAGAGCAGGAAGAGUGCUCUGUGUCAGCAUACUACUCUACUGUGGAUGUUACUAAGGAUCUGUACAGCGGUCUGAUUGGUCCGUUGGUGAUCUGUCGCCGUAGCUGGGGCAGGAGUCUUGGACUGAAGAAAGAAGUGGAAGAGUUUGCACUGCUUUUCCUGGUUUUUGAUGAAAAUGAGAGCUGGUAUUUGGAUCAAAACAUCAGGACCCACAUCAGGAGCCCUCGCCCAAACUUGAAGGAUGAUGAAACCUUUAUAGAGAGCAACAAGAUGCAUGCCAUUAAUGGUUAUAUGUAUGGUAACCUGAAUGGCUUGUUCAUGGAGGUGGGUGAUAAGGUGUACUGGUACCUGAUGGGAAUGGGCAGUGAUGUGGACAUACACAGCGUGCACUGGCAUGCCCACAAUGUGGAAUAUAAGCUGGGUGGAGGUCCUCACACUACUGAUGUGUUUGAGCUUUUUCCAGCCACCUUCCAGACAGUUAAGAUGCGUGCUCAGUAUCCGGGUACCUGGUUGCUCCACUGUCACGUCGCUGACCACAUUCAAGCAGGCAUGGAGGCUAUGUACACUGUUACUGAAAAAGCAAAGAAAGGAGGACUCUUUGGUUGAACCAAAAUCCAGCAAUCAGAGACUAAUUAAACAUAAAUAAAUGCUUUAUCACUUUGUGAAAUCCUCUUAAUAUGAGCAGAAACAAUGACAGCACAAAACAAAACAGGAACAUUUUAUCAUUUUAUAUUAAAAUGUGCACUUUUAUAAUUGUCUGACUUCUUUGAUAUUUUCCAAAUGAAAGUGAGGACUGUCCGGUGAUUAUGCUUAAAAAAUAAAAAGACAAAUUAAAUGUG